AUGAACAAGGCGUUGAGCCAAGUUUCUAAGUCGCCCUUCACACAAAACAUAGAAGGCGCAAGUCUUCCUCAGCGUUUCCACCAACCCACAUUUACCAUCUAUAAUGGUCGAACAAAUCCAGUGGAACAUGUCAGUCAUUUCAAUCAAAGGAUGGCCAUUCAUUCCAAGGAUGAGGCUUUAAUGUGUAAGGUCUUUCCAUCUAGUUUGGGCCCAGUGGCAAUGAGGUGGUUCAAUGGUUUGAGGGCUAAUUCUAUUGACUCCUUUAAGAAACUAACUCGGGCCUUUGGUGCUCGCUUUAUCACUUGUAGCAGGGUUCCUCGGCCUUUGGGAUCCUUGUUAUCUAUGUCCAUGCGGGAGGGGGAAACUCUGAAGGCCUACUCAGAUAGAUACUGGGAGAUGUUUAACAAAAUAGACAAAAAUUAUGACGAUGUGGCCAUUAAUACUUUCAAGGCUAGCCUCCCAGCCGAGCAUGACCUGAAGAAGUCUCUGACUAGUAAGCCUGUUACCAGUGUGCACUAA